AAGUGUGACCAAGUCGUAUUUAUCUGGUAUAUUUUAGGUCUUCAUUUAAGUUGCAUUUUCAGCAGGUAAUUAAAUGAAAUAUUUCUAUUACAAGUGAAAAUGGAAUUGGAGGAAAUGGUCGCAAUACAAUUGGAAGCUAUCGAGGUGAUAUUAAAUCAUAUACUUUAUAUUCGUGGCGUUUAUCCUGCACAAAUCUUUAAGAAACGCCGUGUCUACAACACACCAGUCUUUAUAGUGGCCUUCCCAGCCUUAAGCUCUUACCUAGCAAAUGUUUUGAAAACUGUGCAGCAGCAUUUACGGAAAAAUACAGCACAAUUCAGGAUGGAAAUAACUAUAUAUGGAAAUGAGUCGGAUCACAUGGAAAGCUACUUUCUGGAAAUGCAACGAAUUCAGGCUGAUCCAGCAGAGGAUCAAUAUUUAAUGGAAUAUGAACAACAGCUAAGGACUGCCCUAUACAAAUUCGCGGAUCGAGUGAAACAUUUACCAAAACUUGAUCAAAAUGCCAAGUUUAAAGUGCGUAUACAUACAACACAGGCAGCGUUUACAGAGCUCAGUCACGACGCGCAAUACCAGGAGUUCCCCUGGCUACAGUCAAAUGGGAGUCCUUUGCAGUUAAAGCAGCAGCAGCAAAAGUUUUCACUCCUACCUUUGUCUAGAGUUGACAAAGUGGGAUUGCGAAUGGAGGCACAUAUACAUAAUUAGUUUUACGACUUUAAGCAUUGAAUGUUUAAGUGUCUUGCCAGCUCAUUUUGAAUGUUUUCAAAUAGCAAUGGAAAAUAUAUAAUUGAAAUUUCUGUCAACCUUAAGUAAAAUGUAGAAUGUGCAAAGGUAAUUCUAUCCUACAGAUGUAUAUAUAAUAUUUAA